CCCAUGUCCAAAACACUAAAAGUUAAAGCUUUUUCUAAAGCAGAAAACAGGGUAAUCAAUUGUCUAGUAAACCUACGUGUUCCUCCCUCCCUCCCAUGGCGCCCACACCUCUUACCCCACCAUUUACGUGACCAUGGCAUCACAAACGAGGAAUUCUCCGCAUACCCAACUCCUAUUCCUCCAUUGAAAACGUGACAGACGACGAGAAGAUCUUGUUUGAUUAUCUUUCACAUACCCUGCUGCUUUAAAUGCUUACAUUUUCAGCAGAUUCAUCUUCGUCUGUAAUUGCAUAUUUCGUAGCGAGAUUCUUCAACAAAUGCUAAACCCUAGCAGAUCAAGAACUCAACCCAGGCCUACCCGAUCUCAUCCUCUCGGAGGCAUGGAUUAUGUGGACCCAAAGAAGAAAAAUGGUGUUGUAGGAAAGAUCCUUUUAGCUGCAGGACUUACUGCAAUAUGCAUUCUUAUGCUUAAACAAUCCCCAUCUUUCAACACCCCUAGUCCUUUUUCUCAACAUGAAACUGGUGUCACUCAUGUGUUAGUAACUGGAGGUGCUGGUUAUAUUGGUUCACAUGCAGCCCUACGCCUUCUAAAAGAUAAUCAUCGUGUCACUAUAGUGGAUAAUCUCUCUCGUGGAAACCUAGGAGCUAUCAAAGUUCUUCAAGAUCUCUUCCCAGAACCUGGGAGACUUCAAUUCAUUUAUGCUGAUUUGGGAGAUCCAAAAGCCGUGAACAAAAUCUUUGCUGAAAAUGCAUUUGAUGCAGUGAUGCAUUUUGCUGCAGUUGCAUAUGUUGGAGAGAGUACCCUUGAUCCCCUAAAGUAUUAUCACAAUAUUACAUCAAAUACACUUGGGGUGAUGGAGGCCAUGUCAGCACACAAUGUGAACACACUAAUAUACUCUAGUACUUGUGCAACAUAUGGAGAGCCUGAAAAGAUGCCAAUUACAGAAGAAACUCCCCAGCUUCCGAUUAAUCCUUAUGGAAAAGCCAAGAAGAUGGCGGAAGAUAUUAUCUUGGAUUUCCAUAAAAACUCGGAUAUGGCGGUGAUGAUUCUAAGAUACUUCAAUGUGAUUGGUUCUGAUCCGGAGGGAAGAUUAGGAGAAGCACCAAGGCCAGAACUCCGUGAACAUGGAAGAAUAUCGGGUGCAUGCUUUGAUGCAGCUCGUGGAAUCACCAAUGGCCUCAAGGUUCGAGGAACGGACUAUAAAACCCCUGAUGGAACUUGUAUAAGGGAUUACAUUGAUGUGACUGAUUUAGUUGAUGCUCAUGUUAAAGCACUUAAUAAAGCAAAACCAGGACACGUUGGAAUUUACAAUGUGGGGACAGGAAGAGGAAGAUCAGUCAAAGAAUUUGUGGAAGCUUGUAAAAAGGCAACGGGUGCAUCAAUUAAAGUAGACUACCUUCCAAGGCGACCCGGUGACUAUGCGGAAGUAUUUAGUGACCCGUCAAAGAUCCUCCGUGAGCUUAAUUGGUCGGCACAAUAUACGGAUCUUGAAAAGAGUUUGAGGGUUGCAUGGAGAUGGCAAAAGUUACAUAGGAAUGGCUAUAAUCCUUCAAUGGCUUCCAUUUAAGAUUUUGAAUGUUUAUUUUAUUCUCACAUGAUAUGAGAGGUGUAGGCAUAUUUAUAUAUAUAUAUGUGUAAUUUUUAAACAUGAAUACAUACAUGAAUGAUGAAAAACUUGUUAGCAAGUGAAUUAUAAGAAUAAUGAUAAUAGCUAUGAGGAGUAGCCUAAUUAUUAUUUUACAUAAUUUAGAGGAUGCCAUGGCUUUAUGCUUUUAAGGUUUAAGUACUAUUACUUUUCCCUUCUUUUUGUUUAGUUUAUGAGACUAUAAGAGUUUCAAUUUCAAUGUGUAUGGGCCCGUUGUGGAUGCUAGAUGCUGAGCUUUUAUGUUAUGUAUUAAACUAGCAGACUGUUGUGUAUCUGAU